CUCUCUCACUCGCUCUCUCUCUCUCGCUCUCGCUCUCGCUCUCCCUCUCUCUGAUACAUCACUAUUCCACACUCGGCUCUCAUUCUGCAGAUUGAGCCUCCUUGGACUGAGCUGCAGGACCUAAGCACCUAACCAGCCCUUUCACCUUCCACCACCUUCACUCUUCAGAGUAACCUCAGGUAACACCUCAAGACAAGUAACCAUGGCGGCCCCAUUCACCCGUAUGAUGUCUGGACGUAACAGUGCUGUGCUGUUGGCCAGUUUGGGAGCUGGCACACUGGCAUCAGGAUACCUCCUCACUGAUAGCACCGCUGCUGCUGAGAGGAAGAGGCUCUAUCCACCCAGCGCUGACUUUCCUGACCUGAGGAAACACAACAACUGCAUGGCGUCAGCUCUGACCCCGGCCAUUUAUGCACGCCUGAGGGACAAGAUAACCCCCAACAACUGGACCCUGGACCAGUGCAUCCAGACUGGGGUGGACAACCCUGGACACCCCUUCAUCAAGACUGUGGGCAUGGUAGCUGGAGAUGAAGAGAGCUACGAGGUGUUUGCGGAGCUCUUUGACCCUGUUAUCAAGGACAGGCACAAUGGUUAUGACCCUCGUUCAAUGAAACACCCUACUGACCUGGAUUCUUCCAAGAUUACCUCGGGAAUGUUUGAUGAGCGCUAUGUGCUGUCAUCUCGUGUCCGUACUGGCCGUAGCAUCCGUGGACUGAGCCUCCCCCCUGCAUGCACACGCUCUGAGCGCCGCGAGGUGGAGCGUGUGGCCGUGACAGCUCUGUCUGGCCUGAAGGGAGACCUGUCUGGCCGCUACUACAGCCUGGGAGAGAUGACAGAGAGAGAGCAGCAGCAGCUUAUUGAUGAGCACUUCCUGUUUGAUAAGCCUGUGUCACCUCUGCUCACGGCAGCUGGGAUGGCCAGAGAUUGGCCUGAUGCCCGUGGGAUCUGGCACAACAAUGAGAAGAACUUCUUGAUCUGGAUCAAUGAGGAGGAUCACACAAGGAUCAUAUCCAUGGAGAAGGGAGGGAACAUGAAAAGAGUGUUUGAAAGGUUCUGCAGAGGUCUUAAACAGGUGGAGCAGCUAAUCCAUGAGCGAGGCUGGGAGUUCAUGUGGAACGAGCGUCUGGGCUACAUUCUCACUUGCCCCUCCAACCUGGGAACUGGACUCAGGGCUGGUGUGCAUGUUCGCCUGCCCCUCCUCAGCAAGGAUCCCCGCUUCCCCAAGAUCCUGGACAACCUGAGGCUACAGAAGAGAGGCACAGGAGGCGUUGACACAGCUGCGACUGGAAACACUUUCGAUAUCUCCAACAAUGACCGCCUGGGCAAGUCAGAGGUUGAGUUGGUCCAGUUAGUGAUUGAUGGUGUAAACUACCUAAUCGAAUGCGAGAAGAGGCUGGAGAGGGGUCAGGACAUCAAGAUCCCCUCCCCCAUCGCCCAGUUCAGGAAGUGAACAUCACCACUGCCGGGAGCGCUAGGAUAGAGCAGGUCCUCCAACCUCUGUUCGUUAAACUGUUGGUCUUAUAUGUACGAGGUAUUCUUGGCAUGUAUAGGAUAACACUGAAGUAACGCAUUCAGCAAUACAUUCAUUACAUGUACAUGAAUUCUUCAUGCAAUAAACCCCUUCCAUAAAUCCUACUGAUGGAGCAAGUCUGUGUUCAAUGCCAGUGUUUCACAGAAGUCUUGCUUUGGUAAUAGUAUGUUUAGACUAAUGAUUGCAGAUUUUGAUUGUUUAAAGUAGUAGAUGCAAAAUUUUAUGCACCAUCCAAGUUAUUGAAAAGAAACCAAUGUCCAUACACCGGACACCAAAGCUCCUGCACACCGUAAUAUUCAUUGUGCAGUUUUGACUGCUACAGAUUGUCUUUACUACCAUUGUAAAGCAGUAUGAUGGGUCUUUGUAAGGCAAACAUUUUGAUUGUUUAAAAAGAAAUUUCAUUUGUGUUCAUGUCUAUGUGUCUGUGCCGGCUGUGCUAGGCAGUAUGAUGCUUGAAACCUGAGAAAUAAAAAAGAACAGUGCUUAUCCAAUCGAUCAAA